UGACGAUAAAAUUGUUGGCCAAUUCAACGUUUUGUAUUGUGUAUAUUUUCUUUUGCUGUUUUAUGAUUUUGUAAAUAUUCUGUGAAUUUGGCCUUGUUUUGCGCAAUGUUAAUACACUUAGUAAAGUUAUUUGAAUAACGGAAAGUUUAUAUUCGAGGAAGAAUAAUUUAGCAUUUGCAGCAAGAUAUUUUAAAAAUUUUGAGGAGUUGAUGAAGAUACACAAGUGAACUGAGAUGAUAAGGCUUUACCGUUAGAUAUUCUUAUGAUUUUUUUACUUUCGACAACCGAAGCCCGCGAUGCAUUCAAGACCGGACAACGGAUUUGGCGCCGGGGACGGAGGCGCGACGCAGGGCUCGGACGAGCUCAAGAGUAGCCCAGGCGCGAAGAACAGGAACGGAGCCAGCAACGGCGACAGAGCCACCGAGAGCACCAACCUCAACGCUCAGACCUACUUCGCCGAGACGAGAAUUCCCAUUCCGGAGAUCGAAAGCGGUGCUUUUAGUUGGAGAAAAUUAUGGGCUUUCACCGGUCCUGGAUUUUUAAUGUCUAUUGCUUACUUGGAUCCCGGCAAUAUAGAAUCCGACUUGCAAUCGGGAGUCGAGGCAAGCUACAAGCUCUUAUGGGUUUUGCUGAGCGCGACGAUAAUGGGACUGCUCAUGCAAAGGCUCAGCGCUCGCUUGGGCGUCGUGACGGGUCUUCAUCUGGCUGAGAUGUGCCAUCGCCAGUACAAAAAGUUGCCAAGAUUCUUACUGUGGAUCAUGACUGAAAUAGCGAUCAUAGGUAGCGAUAUGCAAGAGGUCAUUGGCACGGCCAUUGCUCUUUUCCUUUUAACUGGAGGACGGCUUCCAAUUUGGGGAGGUGUUAUUUUCACGAUCGUCGAUACUUUUACGUUCUUGUUCUUGGACAAGUACGGUCUUCGAAAGUUGGAACUGUUCUUCGGUUUCCUAAUCACGGUCAUGGCUGUGACAUUCGGAUUCGAGUACAUCACUGCUGCUCCACCCCAAGGAGAAAUACUCAAAGGAAUGUUCUUCCCUUGGUGUAAAGAUUGCAGUAGUGGUGCUUUAACUCAAGCCGUGGGUAUAAUAGGAGCUGUAAUAAUGCCCCACAAUUUAUAUUUACACAGUGCUCUUGUCAAGUCUCGUGAUAUCGACAGGAGACAGCCAAAGAAAGUUAAAGAAGCAAACAUGUAUUAUUUCAUAGAAGCUACUAUCGCCUUAUUAGUUUCUUUUGUAAUCAAUGUGUUCGUAGUAUCUGUUUUUGCAAACGGUCUUUUCGAAAAAAAGCCAUCAGAUAUUCUUCAACUCUGCGAGGCCAACCAUUUCCAAGAAGGUAUUGAUAUCUUCUCGAACAUGACUGAUGCUCAAGGGCUUGAAGUAGAUUUAUACAAAGGAGGUAUCUUCUUGGGUUGUAAAUUUGGUUUCAUUGCCAUGAUUAUUUGGGCCGUUGGUAUUUUGGCAGCUGGUCAAUCAUCUACUAUGACUGGCACGUACGCCGGUCAGUUUGCUAUGGAAGGAUUCUUGAAUUUACAGUGGGCCAGGUGGAAGCGGGUUCUUUUCACUAGGACAAUAGCUAUUGUGCCAACAUUAUUCGUCGCCUUGUAUGCUGAAUUUGGUCAGCUGACUAAAAUGAACGAUAUUCUUAAUGCUGUUAUGAGUAUUCAGUUGCCAUUUGCAGCUCUACCAACAAUUGCCUUUACUAGCAGUGUCGCAAUUAUGGGUGAAUUCAGAAAUGGAUUAUUCAAUAAAAUUGUAGCCACAAUUUUAUCUCUCCUAGUCAUAUCUAUAAAUAUUUAUUUUGCAUAUGAUAAGGUUUCUGAUAUGGGAACACUGGGAAAAACAUUAAUCUGCAUUUAUGCAGUUUUGUAUCUGAUAUUUUGUUUAUACCUUGUGAUUCAUAUGGCUAUCUGUAUGGGAGCAACUUCUCUUAAGGACUAUCCCAUUAUUGAAAAGUAUGUUGGUGGCCCAGUAGAAACAAUUUUAAAUGUUUCCCACCCUAUCGCUUAUUCUAGAAGGAAUCCGGUAUUCUGUGAUGAUGAAGGAGUAAACGGAACUUUCAAGUUACGCAACAGUGUUGCUUUAUCCUAAAUUGAAUUGAUAAUACAAGUGUGCUUCGCCAUAAAUGAUUUAUUGUUAUAUAUUUUAAUAUGUGUAAAAAGCGUUAGUUUCAUUACGAAAUUAAUUAAAAUUUUAAUUCAUGAAGACCCAUGCAAGAUUCAGAUGUUAAAGGCAGGACUAUUAACUAAAGAUGUAAAUGAGCUUUAAAAUAUUGUAAUAAAUAAUGCGAUUGAAUCUA